UUCAUCAUCAUAAUCAAUACAUCUCUCUACACUGCAUCAAACUUACACAUCACCAUCAACAAUCAACAAUCAAACCCUCCUACAUAACACUCACACCACAUCUUAACUCCACCCCAAGAUCAAAAUGUACUUCACAACUAUCGCUACCCUCAUUACCUCCCUAGCAUUAACCUCUGCACUUCCUCUCUCUCCACCUCUCAACACAGCAUCACUUACCUUUCACGGUGCAGCAGGCGCUCAAUACAUAUUAUCUGUUCCACUCGAUGGUUCGACUACUAGCACCAAUAAUGUCUUGAGCAUUUCUUCUAUCUCCACGGACGGCUUUGAUGUGCAAAAGAAUUGUAAGAUUCUUGCCGUGGAUUACACGCCCGCUUUAGUUCAAGGACCACCAAAUACAUGGCAAGUCGGACCACCUCAAACGAUCAUCGAUAUCUCUUGUACGAGUGGAGGUUCUCCUUCGGGUCAAGUGAUUAGCAUUGAAUUGGAUGGGGCUGCGGAUGCGAAAUAUUUCAUUAGUGUACCACUUGGUGGAGGACCAGUUUAUACGAACAACGCCCUCUCAAUCUCCCAAGUUCGCUCCACAUACAAUAUCCCCAACUGUAAACUCGAUACCGUCGAUUACCCACCAGCUUUUGUACAAAUCGCUAGUGGUGUUUGGAAUAUGGGUCCUCCACAAACUGUUAGAAGUGUUUCUUGCCCUGCAUAGAUACCUAGAUAACUUCAUGCUCAUUCGACUCGCUUGCCCUUGAGUAUUAAGUUUCUUUGGGGUUUGAGCAAAGAGUUUGGAUGGUUUGAUGGGAAGGGGAAUUUUUGAGACGAAAUACGAGAAGCAGGAUGGAUACAACGGGUUAAUUUUUCUUUUUAAUUUCUUUACGCUUUAAUAUCGACAGUCCUUACUUACGGGUGCGGGAAAUUGGUGAUUCGACUUUAACUUUAACUUUAACUUCAACUCCAACAGAAAAGUCUGAAGACUCAAGUAAUGGAUGAAAAACGAUAAGGAUUCACAGCACGCAUCAGCAUCAGUAUGAGUAGGGAGUUCCACGCACAAUGCAUGAGAACACAGAUAUGAAUAUGGAUGAAUAUAACAGAUUACGAAGGGAUGAGAUACGAUCUUUACAGCUCUAUUGCUUAAUACUCAAUACAACACAAUACUUUGGUAGUUUUAAUUUUUUGGUUACAGUGACAGUUACAAUCACAGUUACAGUUAACCUCACACAUAGCAUGAUAUUAGUUAGCUAGUUAGUUAGUCAGUUAUUUAGGUUAGCAUGAAGUGAAAUGAGAUAAUGAGAUAUUCUUUUAUUAUUCCUCAACUCUUCUCUGCUCUACUCUUUUCUUUACUUCUCUUCACUU